UUUCAGCUCCAAGUUAUAAUGGAAUUUAAGAUUGGAAAACUAUAAAUUCGUAUAAUGUCAUCUCUGUUCCUCAAUUUCUUUGGACGGUGUCCCAAAACAACAAGAUGAGUGCGUUGGGUGUGUUAGCAUUAGUCCUAGUUGUGACACGGACUGUGUUGUCCAUACAACCCGCCAUUGUGGAGCAGUACAACGGUCAUGGGGUCAAGUUCACCAUCCCAGAUGAUGGUAACUACGACUUUGUUGCCGUCCAUUACUCCAUUAACCAGCCAAUCGCAGGCGUAGGCGCCGGUCAGUGGGCGUUUGAUGUCCACACUAAACAAGGAUCUUCGUUCGUCCACACCAAUGAUUUGCCAGCCAUUCAGGUCCACAAAGGGGACACAGUAUACUACUGGCUGCACGCCCAGAAAGGAGGGACGCCGAGUGAACUGUUGGGACAGUCCGCUGUUAUUGGAGAUCUAACAACAACUCCAAAACCAACAACAACAACGACAACAACAACAGUGAGACCCGUGGUGACCUCCAAAACUACGUCAGCGCCGUCUGGCGGGAGUCACAGCUCCGGCCACUCCUCAGGGGGUGGGAUCCUGACCCAGACGAUGAUAGAGACCCAGUCUGCCGGGACGUCAGGCGGACAGAGUCCGGGAGGGAGCUCCGUGGGCUCAUCAGGGGGAACUCAGCAAGUAUAUUCUGGAACGGGAUAUGUACAACAUGGAACAUCUCAGCAGUCUUGCACCUCAUAUCCAUGUCUUAUAUUCGAGGAUAAUUUCGAUUUCUUGAACUUCGAAACGUGGACACAUGACCUCACAGCCGGUGGAGGCGGGAAUUGGGAGUUUGAGUACUACACAAAUAACAGGACCAACAGCUACACAAAGGACGGGAAACUGUUUAUCAAACCCACCUUGACAGCUGAUAACUACGGGGAACACUUCCUGUCAUCAGGCACUUUAGAUCUUUGGGGUGGGGAGCCAAACUCAUUAUGCACAAGUAACCAGUUCUGGGGGUGUAGCCGACAGGGCUCCCCUGAACACAUCAUCAACCCCAUACAGUCCGCCAGGCUCAGGAGUGACAAAGCCUUCAACUUCAAGUACGGCAAAAUGGAGGUCAGGGCCAAAAUGCCCAAAGGAGACUGGAUCUGGCCAGCUAUCUGGCUGCUGCCUCAUAGAAAUGCGUAUGGAGGCUGGCCCGCUUCUGGCGAAAUUGACGUUGUGGAAUCUAGAGGCAACACAGACUACCAUGAUGAGAAUGGUAGAAGUCAGGGAGUGGACAGUUUUGGGAGCACUCUUCAUUUUGGACCAGUAUAUGGCUAUGACCCUUACGAGAAAGCUCAUGGAGAAAUGACAAUUCCAAGUGGAACUCUGAAUGACGAUUUCCAUAUCUGGACACUGGAAUGGGAUGAAGAACAUAUCAAGGUGUCGUUUGAGGGACAGGAAGUCAUGAACGUGUCUCCUCCCCCCGAGGGAUUCUGGAAGCUGGGAGAACUGGACAAAACCAACAUCAACAACCCAUACAAGUACACCAACAACAAAAUGGCACCGUUUGAUCAGGAGUUUUUCAUCAUACUGAAUGUAGCUGUGGGAGGUGUGGGCUUCUUCCCGGACAAGUUCAGGAACUCUCCCUACCCCAAACCCUGGAAUGACAAGUCAGAGUUCACCGCGCGGGACUUCUGGAACCACAAGAGUCAGUGGUACCCCACCUGGAACCCAGACCAGAACGACGGAGAGCAGGCCGCCAUGCAGGUGGACUACAUCAGAGUGUGGAAGAUGAAGCCAUAAUAGACAGUUUUAUAGGGGAAAUAAAAUCAUAAUAGACAAUUUUAUAGUGAAAUAAAAUUUUGUUAUAAACUGA